AAACCCUCUCAAUUCAAAAAAGUGGAAAAGUAGCCACACAGUUAAUAGAACAUUGAUACGUCUAUCCCUACGAAAACAAGACAUUUGUAGCUUGGGUAUAAUACGUACGAUCAUCACCACCGAGUAAAGACACAUGUAUAUAUAGACUAAAUAUUCAGAUCAGAGUCAUAGAGAUUGAUAGGGUAGCUAGAGAAUGGAAUCUUUAAGUAGUAACAGGUCAUUAUCAUCAGACGAGAAGGGGGUGGAGACAGUGAUAGCAGGGAGCUAUGUUGAGAUGGAAAGAGUAGUAGAUGGAAAAGCUAAGGUGGAAGAGGCGGCGGCGGCGGACAUGAAGGCUAAGAUCUCGAAACUCUUCUGGCAUGGUGGCUCUGCUUAUGAUGCUUGGUUUAGCUGUGCUUCUAAUCAGGUGGCACAAGUGUUGCUGACGUUGCCAUACUCGUUUUCGCAGCUGGGGAUGGCGUCGGGCAUAGCAUUCCAACUCUUCUAUGGGGUGAUGGGAAGCUGGACGGCGUAUCUCAUUACCACCCUUUAUCUCGAGUUCCGUUCUAGAAAAGAACGUCAAAAGCUCCUUGAUUUCCGCAAUUCUAAUAAUCACGUCAUUCAGUGGUUUGAAGUACUGGAUGGGCUGCUGGGAAAGCAUUGGAGAAACGUGGGUUUGGCCUUUAAUUGCACUUUUCUUCUCUUUGGCUCUGUCAUUCAGCUCAUUGCAUGUGCUAGCAACAUAUAUUACAUAAAUGAUAAGCUGGACAAGAGGAGUUGGACGUACAUAUUUGGAGCAUGCUGUGCGACGACUGUGUUCAUCCCAUCUUUCCACAACUAUCGGAUUUGGUCUUUUCUUGGACUAUUGAUGACUUCUUACACCGCUUGGUACCUCACCCUUGCUUCCCUUCUCCAUGGUCAAGUGGAGGGGGUGAAGCAUUCAGGACCAACGAAACUGGUUCUAUACUUUACAGGGGCAACAAACAUUCUUUACACCUUCGGCGGACAUGCCGUCACUGUAGAGAUAAUGCAUGCAAUGUGGAAGCCACAGAAGUUUAAAGCAAUAUACAUGUGGGCAACCAUGUAUGUGUUAACCUUAACACUACCUUCAGCAGCUGCAGUGUAUUGGGCCUUUGGAGAUUUGCUGCUGGAACACUCCAAUGCCUUUUCUCUCCUCCCGAAGACGCCCUUCCGUGACGUGGCCGUCGUCCUCAUGCUCAUCCACCAGUUCAUUACCUUCGGGUUUGCCUCGACGCCCCUAUACUUUGUUUGGGAGAAGGCAAUAGGCAUCCACGGCUCGAAAACCGGCCUUUGCAAGCGGGCGUUCGCGAGAAUGCCCGUGGUCAUACCUAUUUGGUUCCUCGCCAUCGUCUUCCCUUUCUUCGGGCCCAUCAACUCCACUGUCGGGUCGCUUCUGGUUAGCUUCACCGUCUACAUCAUCCCCGCUCUUGCUCACAUCUUCACCUUCAAAUCACCGGAAGCUCGGGAGAAUGCGGUGGAGCAGCCGCCGAAAUACUUGGGAAGAUGGGCCGGGGCGUAUACCAUAAACAUAUUCAUAGUGGUGUGGGUGGUCAUUGUUGGGUUCGGGUUUGGUGGGUGGGCAAGCAUGCUCAAUUUCAUGCACCAAAUUGACACCUUUGGCCUCUUCACCAAGUGCUACCAAUGCCCUCACUCGGGUGCAGCCCCGCCUCCGCCGCCACUACACGCCUUUCUUAAUGCCACCGCUCCCGCGCCCGCCUAGCUAGUUCCACUGAUCAUCCAGUCGGCAAUGCCGCACCACCAUCGGCCACCACCGUUGAGUUAAUUUUAUUUCAUUUGUGUGACGAACUUAUGAGGGGGAAACAUUUUUGUGAGUUGUUAUCCCAAAAAGCUUGAUUAUGUUAGGCCUUAAUAUUGCAUGUUAUAUGUUUACCCUUUCAUGGUGUACAAUAUGAUGAUUUAAAUCCAUAUACAUUAUACAUGCACUACUAGUCUACAACCUAAUUAAUCCCCCACGCACGUACUCUCCAUGAGAUAGCUUCUAACUACUUUGAGAGUUGUACAAAGUACCGGAAAA